AUGGCGGGUUCGACGAUGCCCAACCACCAGAUCUCCUCGAAUCGCAAACAAUGCGACUUCACGAAACUACUUAUGGCCGGGUUCGACCUCGAGCUGAAUAACGACAGCACACAGGACUUCCAUGUCGUCUUCCAUGGCCCGAAGGGAACGGUGUACGAAGGCGGUGUGUGGAAGGUGCAUGUGACGCUACCGGACGACUACCCCUUCGCCUCUCCGUCGAUUGGGUUCCUCAACAAAAUGCUCCACCCCAACGUGGACGAAGCGUCCGGCUCUGUCUGUCUCGACGUCAUCAACCAGACGUGGACUCCUCUCUACAGCUUGGUGAACGUUUUCGAGGUCUUCUUGCCACAGCUGCUGACUUACCCGAAUCCAACUGACCCGCUGAACAGCGAGGCCGCCUCGCUCAUGUCCAGGGACAAGCGUCUGUAUGAAGAAAAAGUGCGGGAGUACGUGCGUCUGUACGCGAGUCGCGAGGAGUGGGAGAAGGAGCAGCGAGAGAAGAAGGAAGCCCAGCGGCGCGCGGCAGGGAGCGAGGCCUCGACGGGCGACGCCUCGACGACCGCGAGUGGCGAAGUGUCGACCGUGGGGGAGACUGUCCCCACGACAGCCACGACCGCAGAGGCGACGAACGCAGACGCUGUCUCGGAGCUCAGCGAGCUGGGCGACCCCGAAGACAUCGAAGACGCGGACAUCUCGUCUCUCUGA